AAAUGUGUAUACUAAUCAUUUAUUUCCAUAUAUACGAUGAUUAAUAUUAUUUCAUUAUAAAUAAAUACAUACAUACAUAUAUAAACACUUUUAAAUGCAUAGCACUUAUUUUAUAACCGCAGCUUAAUAUUUUGUAUAAUUAUUUUAUGGUAAUGAUCUGAUGUGAUACAAUGUGACAGCAACGUCAUGCGAUUAACGUAUGUCAGAUAUCAUACUCACAAUUGCGGUCAAUUAAAUCAUGAUUACUUUAAAAGGAAAGAUUAGAAUUCGCACGUUAUCAGUGACAUGAUGUGAAAAUCUCAGUGAAUCUAUAAACGUCAUAAAAGUAUUUUAUAGUAUUCCGCGAGAUGCUUUGUGCUUCGAAUGAAAGAAACAAGACAAAAAUCAUUUUAAAUAUAUUAAUAUAUUCAAAUACAAUAAAUAUUUUUUUACAAUUUGAAAGUAAUUUAUAAGAAGAACAAUGGUUGAAGACACAAGUGAAAUAAAUAUUGUUACUGAGACUAUUGAAAAAAAUACAAACUAUCUGAAUAAAGCUGAUAAGAGUCAAGCAUCUGGUAACGAUGGACCAAAUUUUUUUCUACCAAUAAAUACACAUAAACAUAAUAUGGAAUAUACUCCUGGUUUAGGAAUUAUACGCUAUAAUCAUGCAAUGCAGAAUUUAAUACCUAUGCGUCCUAAAACAACUGAUAAAGAAGCCAUGCCAGGAGAUACCGCUGGGUUAUUUUCUUAUAUGUUUGUUACAUGGAUGACAAGAUAUUUAUGGAAAGCAUACAAAAAGGGUAUUUUAUUAUCAGAUCUUCCAUUAAUUUCACCCUAUGAUAGUUGUAUUUAUAAUUUACAAAGAUUAGAAAACCUAUGGCAAGAAGAAUUACAUAGAAAUGGUCCUAAUAAUGCAUCAUUUUCUAUGGUUGUAUGGAAAUUUGUACGCACAAGAGUAUUCGUCAGUUGUGUUCUUUUAUCUUGCUCAGUAAUUUUUGGUUUUAUAAGCCCUGCAAUAUUAAUGAGAAAUAUUUUAGAAUAUAUACAAUCCCCAGAAGGAACCAUUUGGGAUGGAAUAAAGUGGGCAUUAUUAUUAACAUUGUGUGAUUUUUCAAGAACAAUAUUUCUUACAUUGACUUGGAUUGUUAAUUAUAGAACAGCAUUAAGACUGAAAUCAUCUUGUACUGCUUUAUUGUAUAAAAAAAUUAUUGGAUUAAACAAUGUUGGAAGCAUAAAUAUAGGAGAACUAGUGAAUUUAUUUUCCAAUGACAGUCAAAGAUUAUUUGAUGUAAUCUUAUAUGGUCCAAUGAUUGUUAGCAGUCCUAUUAUUAUUAUUUGUAGUAUUAUUUACAUAUUGCAGUUCUUCAGUCCUAUGGCUCUUUUGGGCAUGGUAGCAUUUCUUUUAUUUUACCCUAUACAGUAUCUACUUUCACGUUUAAAUGGUUAUUUACGAAGUAAGGCAGUAAAAAUUACUGAUAUUCGUGUGAAAUUAAUGAAUGAAAUUCUUGAAACUAUAAAGAUGAUCAAAAUGUAUUCAUGGGAGAAUUAUUUUUGCCGAAAACUUCUUAAUAUACGUAAAACAGAGAAAAAUUGGCUACAUAAAAUAGCAUAUUUCCAAAGUCUUAGUGUUUCAUUGACACCUGCUGUGCCUAUUAUCUCUGCUAUUAUUACUUUUUUGGCUCAUGUCUCUGGAGGAUUUAAUUUAACAGCUGCACAGGCUUUUCCUAUCGCAUCUUUAUUUUGGAACCAGCUGAGACUGGUACUUGUUGCACUUAAGGAUUCUACACGAUACAUUAUCAGUGCUCAUAUAGCCCUUAGAAGAUUUCAGGUAUUUCCCUUUGUAUCAUUGCUCAAUGCUCAAAUUCGUACUAGUUUCAUGUUUUUGCAAGUGGCUAUAAUUAAUAUUAUUGCAUCAAAGAUAACUUUCAACAGAUUAAAGAAAAUUAUGUUAUUGGACAAAGGCAAUAUUUGUAUAUCAAGACCUAUUAUGAAAUCACAAUCAAUAGCAAUUGCUAAUGCAACAUUUGUUCUUGAUAAUUCUAAAGAACAAACUAAUCUAUUGAACAAAUCAAAAAACAAAAAAAUAAAAGAUUCAGAUGCCAAUACAACAGAACUUGAAGAACUUAAAUAUUCUGAAGAGAACAUGUAUGUCCAAAUACUUACAAAUAUAACAUUUGGUGCACCUAAAGGCAAAUUAAUUGGAAUUUGUGGCCAAGUAGGCAGUGGAAAAUCUAGUCUUUUGCUUGCAAUAUUGGGUCAAUUACAAAUAAUAAAAGGACAACUUUCAAGAGAAGGCUCUUGUGCAUAUGUCAGUCAACAAGCAUGGAUAAUUAAUUCAACCCUUAAAGAGAAUAUUCUUUUCGGAGAACAGUUUGAUGCUAAACGUUAUUAUCAAGCACUAACAGUAUGUAGUUUAAAGGAUGAUCUAAACAUGUUACCAGGAGGAGAUGAAACUGAAAUUGGUGAAAGAGGUAUAAAUUUAUCAGGAGGCCAAAAACAAAGAGUUGCACUUGCCCGAGCAUUUUAUGCCAAUCGGGAUAUUUAUUGUCUAGAUGAUCCUCUGAGCGCAGUAGAUACACAUGUUGGACAUUAUAUUUUUAAGAAAUUGAUUCUUGAUGCUUUGAAAGAAAAAACUGUUAUUCUUGUUACUCAUCAAAUUCAGUUUUUGGAAUGUUGCGACCAAAUUUAUCUACUUCAAAAUGGAACAAUUUCCGAACACGGGACGCAUAUGGAACUUAUGCAGUUAGAUAGGGAGUAUGCAAUAAUAGUAAAUAAUAUGUUGCAACAAUCUAAACAUAAGUUAAAUGGAGAACAAUAUGGACAAAUAAUAAAUAAGGAUGAAAAUAAUAUUAAUUCUGAACCAAAUAUUGAACUUAUUAAUUCUCAGGAGAAGCAAGAUGAAGAAAAUUCAAAAAAAAUUCAUAGUGGAGGAACAACUUUAACAUUACAAGAUAAAGUUGAAACUGGAUCUGUAAAAAUGCAAACGUAUCAUGCAUAUAUAAAAGCUGCUGGUGGAUAUUUAAUGGCUCUUUUAGUAUUUUGUAUAUUAUUUUCAAAUGUAGGAAGUAUGGCAUUUAGUUCAUGGUGGCUUGUUGUAUGGAUCAAAGCAGGUGGUGGAAAUGCAACUGUUCCUGGUAGCAAUGGUACUCUUUUAUCAGAUAACAUAAUUGACAAUCCAAAUUUCACAUAUUAUCAAAAUAUUUAUGCUACAUGUAUUGGUUUUAUAAUUAUGACAAGCCUUGUCCGAGGUUUAGUAAUAACAUAUGCUACAAUACGUGCUUCAACAAGAGUACAUAAUUCUGUUUUCAAAAAUAUAAUUUCAUCUCCUCUGAAGUUUUUUGAAACCACUCCAAGUGGUAGAAUACAAAAUAUUUUCAGUCGAGAUAUAGAUGAAGUGGACAAUUAUUUACCAUUGGCAGUGGAAUAUAUGAUACAAAAUAUUUUCACUUGUAUAGUUGCUAUUUUCUUUAUAUGUUUUGUUCUUCCUUGGUUUUCUAUACCUUUAAUUAUUCUUGGCACAGUGUUUUUUUUGGUCAGCAAAAUGUUCAGAGUUGCAAUGAGAGAUUUCAAAAGAAUGGAAAGUACUUCACGCUCACCUGUUCUGAGCUUUGUAACAACUACUGUUCAAGGUUUGCAUACUAUUCAUGCUUUCAAAAAAGAAAAGAAUUUUAUAAAGAAGUUUGAAGAAUUAUUGGAUCUCAAUAAUUUAUGCACUUACAUGUGUAAUGCAGCAAUGCGUUGGUCUGCUGUGAGACUGGAUAGUUUAGCAAUUGCUUGUUGUUCUAUCACAGCAUUCUUAAUUAUCUUUUUAAAAGGCAAAAUACCUGCUGCACUUGCUGGUCUUGCCAUGGCAUAUGCUACUCAAAUCUCAGGUGUUUUUCAAUACACUGUCAGGUUAAUGUCAGAGACUGAAGUACGUUUUAUAAGUAUGGAGAGAAUAAAUUAUUACCUUAAGAAUUUAGAAAAGGAAGAUACUCCCAAAGAAUCAUUAAUUAAAUUAGAUGAAAAUUGGCCUAGUUCUGGUAAAAUACAAUUUAAAAAUGUUCAAAUGAAAUAUAGAAAAGAAUUACCACUUGUAUUAAUCAAUAUUUCAUUUACUGUUAAAACUGGAGAAAAACUAGGAAUUGUAGGUAGAACAGGUUCUGGAAAAAGUUCUUUAACAGUAGCCUUAUUUCGACUGGUUGAACUUUGUGGAGGAGUAAUAAAAAUUGAUGGUGUAGAUAUAUCAAAAAUAGAACUACACUUAUUGAGAAGUAAACUUUCUAUUAUACCACAGGAUCCAGUAUUAUUUAGUGGAACAAUACGAUCUAAUUUGGAUCCAUUUAAAAAAUAUACUGACCUUGAAAUUUGGAGUGCUCUUGAGAAAAGUCAACUUAAAGAAAAAGUAAAAUUAAUGAAUGGUCAACUUGAAGCGUUUGUAGAAAGUGGUGGAAAUAAUUUCAGUGUUGGAGAAAAACAACUUCUUUGUUUAACAAGAGCACUUUUACGCAAUAGCAAAAUAUUGAUUUUGGAUGAAGCAACUGCAGCAGUCGAUCCAGAAACCGAAACAGCUAUUCAAGAUACAAUACAAAAUGAAUUUGUAGAAUGUACUGUUUUAACUAUCGCACAUCGUUUACAAACUAUUAUGAAAUAUGACAAAAUUCUUGUCAUGAAAAAUGGAUCUAUUCUCGAAUUCGAUACAACGACUAAUCUUCUCUCGAAUCCAAAUUCUGAAUUUUCUAAAAUGACGGCUGUUAUGAGGAAAACAGUUAAAUAAUCUGCAAUCAAUUCCUUAAUAUUUUAUUCGAAAAAAAAACUAUGAAAAUAAACCAGAAAAAAAAGUUGCAGACAGUACUGCCAUUUCUUUAAAAUUAUUAAUAUAUAAAAAAUAUUUUGUUUAUUAAUUUUAUAUAAUAUUAUAACUUAUAUAAUUUUAUCUCAACUUAUAUUUUACAACUACUAAUCUUUUAAUAAGAGAAUAAUAAUUGUAAUACUCGCCAGAAGUAUUUGAAAUAAUAAUUUUAAUUUCAUAUACAUAAUUAAUAAAAAGUAUAAAAUAAAAGAAA